AGAACUAGGAGGGCGUGUCGCCAUUUCAAGUGAAAAUAAACAAUGAUUGGCAAUGGCUGAAAAAAUUGAACGACUAGGCAAACACAAGGCCUCAACUACCACGGAGAAAAUCUCUAAGAAAUCCAAGAUAGCACCUGCUGAAUGGAAGACAUGCUCAUUUAAAUCAUGUGUUACCCAGCAGAUACACCCACAAACAGAUUGCUAUGUUGAGAUCAAAGCCACUCUGCCAACAAAGGACAGCUCUAGAUCUACACUCAUUGCUUGGGGCUCAACGGGUGAUGCAAGUUUCCACAAGACAUGCUGGGAUGAUUUACUGAAAAGCAGUAGAGCUCGAAAUCCAAAAAACAUUGCAAUCAAGCUGAGCAAUCGAGAUAAAUCACUUGUGAAAGAAGCAUCGAAAACAGUGGAACACCAUGACUCUGUUGAUAUUGUCAGGAUGGAGGGAGCUAGGAUUGCACAGCUCAUUCGAUCAUCCCAUCAUUGCAUUGUAUUCUCAGGAGCUGGCAUUUCAACUUCUGCUGGUAUUGGAGAUUAUCGUGGGAAAGAAGGGAAAUGGACGGAAGAAGAUCGAGAAGCUGUGUCUGGCAGCACUGCAGUCACUGAGGAGGAGGGUGUGCCGUAUGAAAACCUCAGGCCAACGUACACUCACGAGGCUUUGGUGAAACUCUUGGAGAUGGGGAUGAUAAAGCAUAUCAUAUCUCAGAAUGGAGACGGUCUUCAUGGAUUGUCUGGUAUACCUGUUGAGCAUCUAUCAGAGCUACAUGGCAACGUGUUUAUCGAGAUUUGUGAGAGCUGUGGACAUCGCUACAAUCGAUCCUUCUAUGUGAUGGAUGAUACUGCAAGUCAGUACUUUGAAGACUUAAACGAACAAGGUAGCAGUGAGAUACCUCGUCCCAAACACGCUGUCAAGUGCACGCUCUGUGGACUAACUCAUCGUACAGGCCGCAAGUGCUCGCAAAAAGGAUGCAAAGGUUUUUUGAAAGAUAGUAUCAUUAAUUUUAGUGAUGAUCUCGAGGAAGCGAUACUCACACAAGCCGAGAAGAAUGCUGAUAAAGCUGAUCUUUGUUUGAGCUUUGGAACCACCAUGCAAGUCUAUCCAGCCUGCAAUCUUGUGAGAAGGGGACGGAAGCCAUUGAGAUUGGUUAUUAUUAAUCGACAGAAGACUGGAUUUGAUGAUCUUUGCUUGAAGAAAGUGGCUGGUGAAGUAUUGGGCAGUCGUGUGUUCGGGGAUUGUGAUCAAUUGUUGGCAGAGGUGAUGAAAAACUUGCUGACAGCAGAGGACCUACAAACAUGGGAAGGAGCAAGACAAGAACGAAUGACCGGCUAUGACCGUCAAAGAAGUAGCCCACACUAGGUUGUGUAUAGUAGUUAACGUAACUAGCUCACACUAGAUUAUAGUAACUAGGUUGUGUAUAGUAAUACUGUUAGAUUGAUGGCUGUAAUUAGUAACAACGUUUUUAUUUUUGUGAAUACAAUAAUAAUUUUUACAAUUUGA